AUGAGAACUUUCUUGCUGUUCGCUUUUAUUUUGGCCGCCUGGUUGAGUUUUGCUGACGCAAAAUUGCAAAAUGUCACUGUCAAAGGAGUCGCAGUUUGUAACAAGAAGCGUUUGGCGAAUGCGAAAGUCGUCUUGAUUGAUAAAGAUACUCGUGAGUUAAGCAGUCCCAAAUUUCUCUGUUUCUCUGCGUCUCUCUUUGAUUAGCAUGCAGAGGGAUAAAUAAGCAGUCCCAAAAAAUAAGCAGUCCCAAAUUCCUCUGUUUCUCUGCGUCUCUCGUUGAUUAGCAUGCAGAGAGAUAAAUAAGCAGUCCCAAAAAUAAGCAGUCCCAAAAAAUAAGCAGUCCCAAAAAUAAGCAGACACAAAAAUAAGCAGUCCCAAAAAAUAAGCAGUCCCAAAUGUCUCUGCUUCUCUGCGUCUCUCGUUGAUUAGCAUGCAGAGAGAUAAAUAAGCAGUCCCAAAAAUAAGCAGUCCCAAAAAAUAAGCAGUCCCAAAUGUCUCUGCUUCUCUGCGUCUCUCGUUGAUUAGCAUGCAGAGAGAUAAAUAAGCAGUCCCAAAAAUAAGCAGUCCCAAAAAAUAAGCAGUCCCAAAUGUCUCUGCUUCUCUGCGUCUCUCGUUGAUUAGCAUGCAGAGAGAUAAAUAAGCAGUCCCAAAAAUAAGCAGUCCCAAAAAUAAGCAGUCCCAAAUUCCUCUGCUUCUCUGCGUCUCUCGUUGAUUUGCAUGCAGAGAGAUAAAUAAGCAGUCCCAAAAAUAAGCAGACACAAAAAUAAGCAGUCCCAAAUUUCUCCGCUUCUCUGCGUCUCUCGUUGAUUAGCAUGCAGAGAGAUAAAUAAGCAGUCCCAAAUUUCUCUUUUUCUUCUCAAAUCUGAAAUUUUGCAGUUGAUCCACAUGAUGAACUCGCCUCAAUUCACACAAAUAAAGAAGGAGAAUUCGAACUUUAUGGAGAAGAAGAUGAGAUCGGCAAAAUCGAACCAUUCAUCAGAGUUCAUCACAAUUGCAACACUCAACCGGUUAGUUUUUUGAGCACAAAAAUUUUUUCAGAUUUUUUUUUACAAAAAAAAAUAAAAAAUAUAUUUUCCAGGGUUGCACACGUGUCACUGAAUACCAAGUUCCACAAGACAAAAUCGGAUCAACUUAUGAUAUGACCUAUGUUACUUUGGACAUUAUCACUCAUAAUGACAAGAAUAAUUGCUAA